AUGCGCAUUAGCCAUAUCGCCGGCUUCCUCUCGGCGGCUUUGGGUGUGACUGCCGCCCCGCUACAGCCCCGUGCUGUCAUUAACCACGAUGCCGUCGUUGGUUUCGCCCAGGCGGUCCCUAGCGGCUCUCUCGGCAGUGCCCUGCUCAAGUAUAAACCGUGGUUGAAGGUUGUGAACGGCUGUGUACCAUUCCCGGCUGUUGACGCCGCCGGCAACACAGGGGGCGGUUUGGCUACCAGUGGAGGUUCGAGUGAUGGGUGCAGUUCUAGCACUGGCCAGGUCUACGCCCGUGGCGCACAAUACGGCAACUACUAUGCGCUUAUGUAUUCUUGGUACAUGCCCAAGGAUUCGCCGUCCAGUGGCCUUGGCCACCGCCAUGAUUGGGAGGGUAUCGUCGUGUGGAUCGAUAACCUUACGUCACAGACCAUCAAAGGUCUGGCCACUUCUGCACACGGCGACUUCGACGUUAUCACGAGCAACUUCCCACUCGACGGCAGCCGCCCCAAGAUUCGGUACUUCAGCAACUGGCCCGUCAACCAUCAGCUUGGCACCACCAGCACCAAGGGCGGCGAGCAGCCUUUGAUUGCGUGGGAGAGUUUGACUGAUGCUGCUCGGACAGCUCUAUCAAAUACCGAUUUUGGCGAUGCCACUGUGCCGUUCAAAGACUCGACGUUUAACAGUAACUUGGCAAAGGCUGCUAUUGCGUAA